AUGUCCAUAGUAUAUAUCAACAUUUUCCUAGCCUUUACUCUAUCUUUUAUGGGACUACUCAUCUACCGAUCCCACUUAAUAUCUUCUCUUCUCUGCCUAGAAGGGAUAAUAUUAUCACUCUUCGUUAUAAUAACAAUCACCAUCUUAAUUAACCACCUUACAUUAGCCAGCAUAACUCCUAUCAUCCUUCUUGUAUUUGCAGCCUGUGAAGCAGCACUGGGCUUAUCCCUUUUAGUUAUAAUCUCAACUACAUACGGAACAGACUACGUACAAAACUUAAACCUACUACAAUGCUAA